AUGAGGACACUCGGUGUGGAUAGGCAGCUUAGGCGAGACGUAAGGUUUCGCAGAAUAUGGAAUAGCGACGAAUGGAUUGGUUCUGUGCAAGCUCUCGCAGAAGAUCGAGAAGGUUGGGCAGAGCUGUGUUCAAGGACGGCACUCCUCGGCGAAGAUGCGGGUAAUCGCGCAACGAAGCUGAUGGCAGCAGACAAAGAUAAGCAUGCUUAUGUCCCACUUUUGCACGAUCUCAGGACCGAUAUACCUCAGUUCAAUUUAGAUUGGUUCACAUCUCGGUACUCUCCGCUUGACGAGUGCCUACAUACUAAUCUACCCUGCGAUCACACAACGAAGUACAGGACACACUCUGGUUGGUGCAACAACCUCAUCCGCCCUGAAAUGGGGAACGCAUUCCAACCUUUCCUCCACCUCCUUCCCCCUCAAUACGAUGAUGGUGUUGAUAUUCCGAGAAGUACUUCAUCAACGGGAAGAAAACUGCCCAAUCCUCGCGUGAUUUCUAAUGUGGUCCACGAUGACUACUUCAUGGAGCAUGGAAAGCACACCGCCAAAGCCCAUAACCUGAAACGUCAACUGCCUGAAAGGAGCAUGGAAUCUUUGGCAGCAACCAUUCGUUUCGCCACGCUGAACUGCCGAACACUAUCGAGUGAACUCCAAGCCGCUCUAUCCAGACUUCUGCGAUAUCUCUGUGUGCUUUUUGCUGCACUGCAGGAAACACGCAUGAGAGAUCGGCCCGUAAUCAGCAUCGAAAAUUACACCAUAUACUGCGGCGAUGCUGAUGAGAACAAAAUCGUAAGUGCUCACGCACCUACGGAAACUGCUGAGGACAACAGUAAGGACGCCUUCUAUGAUGAACUCAAUGCGUUGAUGUCUAAAAAACCAAACCAGCAGGUGGUCAUCGUCGGAAUCGACGCAAAUGCGAAGAUGGGACUCGAACAGCAAUCCGAUGUGCUAGGAAAAUGGUACUAUGCAGCGGAGCGCACGUCGGACAACCGUGACCGUCUGGUCGACUUGUGCGAACAGACGGGCCUCAUCAUCGCUUCCACGUUUAAGAGGAAUCAUCAACUCUAUCAGCUCACGUGGCAGGGGUCAACCCUUUUAACGCCUGAAGAGCAGCGCAAGCGGAAGAUGAGGACUCUUAAACUUCAGCUCGACUACGUUCUGGCGAGGAACAUUCCUCAGUCAGAUAUCCGAAAAUCUAGAGCUGUUUGGGACGUCGCAUUCGACUCUGACCACCGUCCAAUUCUUCUCAGAUUCAAGAUACGGUUCCACAAGAGGAACCGAGGAGUUCCUCUUCAACCGAAAGUCGACAUGGCAGGUCUGAAAGACGAUGAAUGCAGAAGAAAAUUCUGCCAACGUGUGUCUAUUCAUGUUGGAGACGCUGCAAGGGAAACGCUCCCGGUUCUAUUGCCGCGGAAGAAGUUUGCCUUUGCAUCUGAGGAAACAAAAUCCACGUACAAUUCUGUAUGUGUCGCGCGCAGCGCUGGUGAAUUCAACCAGGAGAAGCGUCUUAGAAGGAAGCUACGUCGUCAACUGCAACAAGGCCGCGGUAACGAGUGGACGUCAAGAGCGAUGGAGUUUGAGAAGGCGUGGGAGGACAGGAACCCGCGGAAGGCCUACGCUCUACUAAAACAGUAUAGCGGCAAAAUGAAAAGAUGUUCCCCUGUCCUCAACACUGCCAAUGUGGUAGCUGUCAGUGAAGCAACCCUUCCAAUUUGGAAGGAACCGGCUAGCACCGUCAGCGCCUGA